AUGUUCAUGGACCUACCCCUAGUGGGUACCAGUGUACCCACCAUCCCCGAAGAAUCGCGGGAAUCCACCCCAGUAGUCAUAAGAAGAGACUCGAGCGAUAAAGCUUCUGACGCUAGCGUAAACGCGGCAAAGACAGAGGCCCCACAGCGUACCCCUGUGGCACCCCGACGGAAUUCCAGUUCGGCCGCUAGACUCGCCAAACAGAGGAAUUCGGAUAGCGUAAACAAUGGGUUUGCGGGAACCGAAUCCAGCGUCGCGACGGUUAGUAGCAAAGCGUCGAGCGCUGAUGAGCGUCUGGCUCAGCGUCGCAAGUCUUUGGUUCCGAUGUCAAGCAUGGAGGAGGAGAAUCUGAGGGAGAGAUUACGAUUGGCGCAGCUGAGGCAGUGCAGCGUUAUCGUACACAAGGAGGCGAGAUAUACCAGGGAUACUUUCAGGAGGCUGUUUCAAAAUAAGGUAAGGAUUUUGUGUGUUUGGUUGUCCAUCAGUUAUUUCAUCAAUCAGUUGAAUGUGAAAUGGUUAUUGAAACACACGACGUUUCAACCCAGUGGGCCAGUGGCGCAGGUAGGAGGAGGCUUGGGGGGGCUAUGA